UAAUGCCACAUUUCUACAACAUAAGCUAAGCAGCAAAAAAUAAUGUCUUCCUUCAAAGGCAAAGCUUACGGGAAAGUCGACGAAAAUGAGCACUCGAGGCUGGAGGCUCGCCGGAGAACCAGAAAGCGAAUCUCCAUCAUUAUCCUGUCGUCGAUAUUGCUGGCAGCCAUUGUAGUUGCGGCUGUUGUAGGGAGUCAUGUUUCGGGUGGUCGCGAUUCGAAAAAAGGUGGCGAUCAAAAUGCGAAAAUCUCUGCAUCUGUUAAGGCUGUGUGCGAUGUUACCUUGUAUAAAGAUUCUUGUUACAGCAGCCUUGCUCCUAUGGCUAAACCUGGCGAUGUUCAGUUCGACGAGCUCUUCAAGCUAUCGAUUGAAGUGGCCAUGAAUGAGAUAUCAAAAGCAAGCCAUUAUUUUAGUGAAAAUGGAGAGCUUUUUAAUGAUAAUAACAUGACAAUUGCAGCGUUAAAAGAUUGCAGAGAUCUUUUAGAUUUGGGCAGUGAUCGUUUAAAUAGCUCAUUAUUCACAGCCAUGCAUGUCUCUCUAGGGGAUGCGGCAGAUGAUUUGAGAAGCUGGCUGAGUGCUGCUGGUUCUUACCAAGAGACGUGCAUUGAUGGCUUAAAGGAAGCCAAUUUGAAGUCUACUGCUCAAGAUUAUUAUCUCAAGAAUGCUACGGAGCUCACUAGCAAUAGCCUCGCAAUUCUCACCUGGAUUUCCAAGGUUGCUAGCUCAGCUAACAUGCGUGGUUUACUGAGCUACGAGUGGGUGGAUCGUAAACUGCUACAGAGUAGCAGCGAUUUGAAGAAGAAGGCGAACGUUGUUGUUGCGAAAGACGGGUCUGGGAAGUACAAAACAAUCCGCGAUGCUCUUAAAGCGGUGCCAGAUAAAAGCAAGAAGAGGUUCAUUAUUUAUGUGAAAAGGGGAAUUUAUAAAGAGAACGUUCGGGUCGAGAAAACAAAAUGGAACGUUAUGAUAAUCGGGGACGGUAUGAAUGCAACAAUAGUGUCCGCAAGUCUCAACGUUGUGGAUGGAACUCCCACAUUCUCAAGUGCAACAUUUGCUGUCUUCGGGAAGGGCUUCAUUGCUAGAGAUAUGGGAUUCCGUAACACCGCAGGUCCAGCUAAACAUCAGGCAGUCGCAUUAAUGUCCGCAGCAGACAUGUCCGUCUUCCACCGAUGUAGUAUGGAUGCCUUCCAAGAUACACUCUACGCACACUCUCACCGUCAAUUCUACCGCGAAUGCGACAUCCACGGAACUGUCGAUUUCAUCUUCGGAAACUCAGCAGUUGUCCUUCAAAACUGCAACAUCUUACCUAGAAAGCCAAUGCUAGGCCAGCAGAACACCAUCACAGCCCAAGGCAGAUUCGACCCCAACCAAAACACUGGCAUUUCAAUCCAGAAUUGCACUAUUCGACCUUACGAGAACCUCACUUCAGUGCAAACAUUCUUGGGACGACCCUGGAAAAACCACUCAACUACAGUUUACAUGCAAUCCAUGAUGGACAGUUUUAUCAAUCCGACCGGAUGGUUGCCGUGGGUUGGCGACUCAGCACCACCUACUAUCUUCUAUGCUGAAUAUCAAAAUUUUGGACCCGGUUCUUCCACCAAAGACAGAGUUAAAUGGAAGGGGUUGAAGAACAUUACCCACAAACAAGCUAGCAAAUUCACUGCCAAUGCAUUCCUACAGGGUGAUAAGUGGAUUCAACAAUCUGGAGUUACUUACAAAUCUGCUCUAUGACUCUAUUAACUUACUCAUUUUUGUCUUCUUUAUUUGUUUUUUUACUUACAAUUUCUGUCUUUGUUGUACAACAAAAUUAUUCGGUUCUUAUUAUUGUUAUUCUCCCUGAAUUAUUUGGAAAGGAAGGGGACAAGUAAAAUUAUAAUAUUAAUAUCCAUUAAAAUUAA